AUGGCGCCUCUCGUUCCCUCGCAGGAGGAGCUUGAUCGCAGAAGGAUCGUCGACAUCAACCCAGAGACCGUCUCCAACAUCCCCUCCACAGAUUUUCCUGGUCACUGGCCCGGCGAGUCGCACGAAUGGUCCCUCGCAAAGUUCAAGAAUGAUCUCAAGAUCGACUUCCACCGCAACGAGCGAUUCGAAUCCUCCUUCUCUCUCAUCGGAGUCGACGCCUCCAUUGCCAAUGCCUUCCGUCGCAUUCUCAUGGCUGAGGUGCCCAGCAUCGCCAUCGAAUACGUCUUCGUCCACAACAACACCUCUGUCAUUCAGGAUGAGGUUCUCGCACAACGUCUGGGUCUGAUUCCCCUCAAGGGUUCCGUGGAGGGCAUCAACUGGAUGCGCUGGUUCAAGAAGCCUACCGACGACGAUCCCAAUGGCAGCAGUCCCGCCGAUUACAACACCAUCGUCUUGCGCUUGGACGUCGAAUGUACCAAGAACCCCAACGCGGAUCCCGAGGAGACUGACCCCCGCAAACUCUACAAGAAUGCGCACGUCUACGCCAAAGAUAUCACAUUCCACCCCGUCGGUCGCCAGGAACAGUUCUUUGCUGGCGAUGACGCAAUUCAGCCCGUCAACCCGGACAUCCUGGUCGCCAAGCUUCGUCCCGGUCAGGCGAUUGAAAUGGAACUUCACUGUAUCAAGGGUAUCGGUGCCGACCAUGCCAAGUUCUCCCCUGUCGCCACGGCCACCUACCGUCUACUACCCGACAUCAAGAUCCUCCGCCCCAUCAUCGGUGAUGAUGCCAAGAAGUUUGCCAAGUGCUUCCCCAGCGGUGUCAUUGGCCUCGAGAAGGGCCACGAGGGCGAAUUGAAGGCAGUUGUUGUGGAUCCCUUCAAGGAUACCGUCAGCAGAGAGUGUCUGAGACACGAGGAGUUCCAGGGCAAGGUCAAGCUCGGUCGCGUCCGCGACCACUUCAUCUUCAACAUCGAGAGUGUUGGCCAAUUCGAAAGCGACACCCUCUUCCUGGAGAGCGUCAAGGUGCUGAAGCUGAAAUGCGCAAGAUGGAAGCGCGGCUUGACGGACCUUAUGCGCUAA